AUUGAUAUAACAUUAAGAAUGGAACCGUUUGCAAUUCUAACAAAUAUAAUUAAACCAGAAUACUUAAACUACUAUAAAGAUUGGAUUCACAUAGCUAGUGAAAAGGAAGCCAGAGGACUCUAAUUAAUAGGUGCAAUUUAUAAACAUAAAGGAAGAAAACUAUUUAGGUGACCUCUAUGUUUAUAUAAUAGAGCUAAACCUCCCACGGUCCAAUUACAAGAACUAACUGAUCAAUAGGAAUUAGAGUAACACUUUAAUUUAAUUUUUCUAUAGUUUUAAGAAAGCUGAAGAAAUGCAUAGAAAAAAUUAAACUUCGACAACUUAUGGCACAGAAUUUGGCUAUUUACAAAAACUAUUAAAGCCUUAAAAUAAUGUAUUUAAAUUCAAGAAAUGCUCUGAACUUGAGUUUGCUUAACCACUUAAUGAUUUAGCUAAAUUAUUUUUAGAUAAUUGGAUUGAGAUGAAUGAUGAGUUAGAAUUUUAGGAAUUAGUAUUGAAUUGUUUGAGAGCUCUUUUUAGCAGAUUUAAAGCAUAAUUAGUUCCUAAAACAGAAAUGAAGUAAGUUUAUAAUCUUAUUAUAGAGUAAAAUAUGAAUACAAACCAGACUGGAAACUUUCAAACCCUAUAAGAGUAGAUAAGGCUGGAACUGAAAUCAAGUAAUUAAAUCAAAUAUAAAAAGUGCCUACAAGACUAAUUAUAAUGCAAUUUUUAAAUAAAGACUAAAGUAAGAAUAGAUCAAAUAAAAAAUUGCGGAACUAGAUGGAACAGAUUUUGCAAAGGCUUUAACAAUACAUAAAUCAUUCAAAAUAAAAUGAUUUAAAAUAUUAAUAAAUAUAUGAAAG